AUGACUGCGCAAGCGCUCCCCGGUGUCCUGGAUCCGCUCAGCUCCUCCACGCUGAACAAACUCCACGAAGCGGCCCAACCGCCCUCGAAGAAACGGAAGUUCGGUCAAAUUAACACUGCUGGACAGCUUUCAACGACUUCCAUUGUCAUUCGCGCCCAUGCAGCAUCAUUAUCAGACGAACCUCUAGUUCUUGAUCCGAUUGUCGUCCUUCCUCGAUCUCGUUUUCCUCUUUCAUGGGUUGACGACGUGUCGUCUCGCUCUGAUGUCCAGGCUGGCGGCUUGUUUGCGGCCGACAUCCCGGCUUUAGAGAAUGAUUUGCGCGGAGGCGUGGAGCCUACUGUCCUGACAGUCCGACUGGCUACCGAGGGUGCCCUAUACGUCGUUGAGCGAGUGAAGCGUGGGAUUUACUCGCUGUGCAGGCUUGCCAGCUGGGUGCAAGAGGGCGAUAUCCUGGUUGCGGCCAAGGGCUGGCAGGGAUCUCGAGACCUGGACUCAGAUAUGGAUAUGGAGUCUGAUGGCGAGUGUGCUCCAGAUGCUUUGAACUGGUGGCAGGCUGCCCAGAUCGAGGAGCCAGCGUCUGAUCUCGGAUUGGGAGAGGAGUUUGCCGGGUUACAGGUGGACAUGGUAUUUGGGCAAUCGGAGGUCGAGGCUGGAUCCGACGAGUCUUCGUUCGUUGAUGUUGUUGAAUUACGCAGCCAGUCUGCUGUGCCUGCACCAAAGGGUGCCGAUUCGGACGAUGUCUUCGCUCCUCUAGAAUCCCAGGCCGGUAAUGCGGAGGCAAUGAAUCUCGACAGCAUUGACCCCGUGGGGGAUGAUAUGAAACAAUCGCCAGAUGAGCUGCUGAGUGGCAUGAGAGACCAUUACCUGCAGGCUCUUUACAUCUCAAAGACAUCCCUGGCCUACUUUGCUAAAGGUCCCCUUACCCGCUGCCGAACCGCCUUUCAAACCUCUGAUUCCGACGAAUCUAAGUCGCCCGCUGACGUGGCUGACUUCUACCGAGAAGCUAUUCUUACGGCUAAGAAGAUGGACCUCAAGUUCAGAGAAUCCCUGCCAACUGUUAUUCGCGAUGCACUCCUUACUUUCUCCGACAACGAAGACGCCCCAGGGGCGAAGAAACAAAAGAGCAAGAAGAAGAAGAAGAAGAAGAAGAAGAAGCUUGGGAAGAAUGGGCUGUACCCCGAGGAGGAAAGUUUCAUCCGCAAGUGGUGGAGAGAUCGUAUCACGACAGAAUCAGCUUCGCAUGAAGGAUCUCGAGAGGCGGAAACCAAGAAACACAUAUCCGACCUACGACUUCGUGAAACCCAAUUGCAAAUUCUGUUGAUUUUAGAGGUUUUGUCCUUGGAAACAACCCCCACCGAGCCUAAAAACAACACCGACGCCAAGGAGCAACCUGGUGAAGAGAAAGAUGCGUCCAAAAAGCCCAAAGCGAAAAAGCCCCAAGAUCUCAACGUUCUUCUUGAAUUGCAUCUUGACCGGCUGUGCAUCUGGCAUGCUGUCAGCAUGGAAGAGUCCACAGGUGCAGACUCGGCUAAGGCUUCCUCUUUCACCGAGAACCAUAUGUCAGGCAAAAAGGUUGAAAGCGAUGCAGUGCGCGAUUUCUGCACCGAAGUCAUCAUCCCAUUCUAUGCGUCUCGACUUCCAGACAAAUGCAAGCUUAUCACUCGGAAAUUCGGAGUAUCGGGUGGCAUUUCCCCGGCUGCCAAAAAGUCCCACGUUUCGAGCAAAUCUCGCGCUGAGCCAGGUACAGAAGUCAAACGUCAGCCACCGGUACCGAGGUCUCGUCGCUCACUCCAGCGAGUACUUACAGACGAGAAAACUGCUGCUGCAUCUCAAAACAGACACCCCUCUUUGCACCGAUCCAAGACUGCUCCGUCGAAGCAAGAGCCAUCGCGUGACUCGAUGGAAGCUCUUCUCCCCAGCUUGGCGGCGAAGCGCAGAGACAACCGCGAGGUUGAUCUUCACGCAGUUGCACGACAGCAUGAGAUCAAACUGCGAAAGGUGCAGAUGCUCGUUGAUCAAAAGAAGGAGCUUGAUGCUGCCAUCAACGCGCUCAGGAAGCCGAACAGGGAACUGGUUGCUAAAGAUAUCGCCGACGAUGCCGUCAAGAGAGCUUCCACCGGUGGCAGCGCACGCAAGUCCAAGAACCCUGUUCGAAAUCCUUUCGGCGAGGGUGUCCAAGUCAUGGCCACGCCUCGAGGAAACCGCAAGAGAGAUGCAGUAGCCGGACUUCCUCCCAUGCCUCGGUCUCUCGCGCCGUCUCGGUCUUUUGCUGGGGAGAUGCCAGAACAAUCACUGGCCGAGUCUCCUGUCAUGUCUUCAUCGUCAAGCCGACGGGCAACUUCAUUCUCCGGACCUGAUGCAAACCCGUUCAGUUCCCGUCGCAGCACGAUCACAAGCGGCAUCAAGCGGCCAGCUCCGUCAGCGGAGCUUGGUUCGAUUCAAGAGACGCCCACCCGCCCAUCUUCCAGACUCCACUUCGAUGGCGACAAAUGUGCGGACUCAACAAACGCCGAUCCGUUCUCGGGUUCAAACCGAGGGAAGGGCCUAUUCCGAGUGCCUAACCUUCCUGCACCUCGUUCUGACACUGACCCUAUAUCCGAGCCAAUGGCGCCAUCAACCCCCGUGUCCUCUCGUCACAAAGGCAUGCAACUACCUGCCACGGUCGCAUCCCCGUUCAUGGGUGAUUCUGCUCAAGGCACUCGCUCGGGUAUCAUGGAAACGCCACCGGGGAAGCAAGGGUCUGCCCCGAUUUCUUCUUCUCGUGCUAUUCCUUUCCAGAUGCCCAUCCAAACAGUCUCUACUAAUCAAGUUCGUGCGCCAUCCCCGCCUGCUGUCAUGGGCACCCCGGUCAAAGGGGCUGGCACCAUACCGGUGACCCCAGAGAAGACUCAGACAAAGUCUAUUUACGAGCAGCUGGGCUGGGAUGACGACGAGAUGGAUGUGUAA